UUCCCCCACAUUCUCUCUCUCUCUCUCUCUCUCUCUCUCUCUUUCUCUCUCCCACUCACUCUCUCUCCAAGUUCAAUCGAUCGUCCUGACAUAAACGUCCAUUAUUUGAUCGGUGGUUUUAACCGAGCGGCGAACGUGGGACGAUAAACGUUAACCACACUGUCUACGCCAUUUCCGUACUUCUUUUGAUCAUCUCCGUAUCAUAGAAUUAUAUCCCUAUCAUUCGACUCGUGUAACGUUUGAGAUAUUAACAACGGUUUGUGAUAAUAAUAACAAAAUACUGACAUAGAUUAACGACAAACUUUUAACGAGUCAUUGCUAUAGAAACCAGCUAGAGAGUCGAGUCGUUUCCUUGACAAUGGAAGUGGCAAAGAAGGAAGAGAAAGAGAGAGGAGUUGAGAAAAGCCUCGAAAUACCUUGACCGAGGAAAUCCGCACGCGCUUCUCAUGCAAACGACACAAGCGAUCCAGCCGGGUAAAUAAGCGAGCGCACCCCCAUCUUCCUUUGGCUCUUAUCCCCACCUCACGGCGUCUUCCAACUUGCUUUUCCGACUACAUCCGGAAACUCUGACAGGUGUCUACUUUCGAAACGAUUCUUGCACGACCGGUUAACUUUCUACCAGACCAUCCCCUCCUCACCCCUAGUUCAGGAUAAAAUUCAUUUUGCAAAGACGCUUACGCCAUUUUGCCACUCCCAGACUUCUCGUCUGUCGUGGAGUACCAAACAGGAGAUAGAAGCUAAGAGAUGGGGAAGUGCGUCGGACGAGUUUUCAAGAGUUUCGUGUACUUUCAACGUGGAAACUUUCCUAAGAUACUUCACUUCUUCGAUAUUAGAAAUGAUUUCAAUUUAUUUUCAUUUCAUUUUUUUUUUUUUAUUUCUCUCUCUCUUUCUGUCUCUUGAUAAUCUCGUAGCGAGAAACGAAAGAGUAAAUAUCUGAAGAACGUUGGAACAUAAGAAAGAAUCGAAAUGAUUCAACAUAGAGAUCGUUGUAGUCAUCGGAAGGGUAAGAAGAUGUCGGAGAGUACGACCUCGAACGUACGCGAGGUAAGCAGAAAUGAUUGGCCGCGUAGGCGGCCUCGGCCUCGGCCUCGUUUAGGUGGAGAACGAGGAAGAAGCGAUGCUUGGCUAACGGAGAAGAGGGGUGCAGUAGGAUUUUGCGCAGUGAGUUACCCCGGCCACGAUCGGACCUCUCUUAUCCCCCGCCGUGAGCCACCAACGAACUCAGGUGGGGGAUGAUGUUGCCGCGGAUGCUGGCUCCACGUCGUAGACGGACGAAUCUCGCGUCAGUGCGGAUCAGAAGCGGACACUCGGGAUCGUGGUAUUUCUCGACACUUUCCAGCGCGUUCAAAGUUGCACUUAGAUCUUGAGUCUCUUCUUCUAAGUGAGAUUCUAAUCGACAAAUACAGUGGAAGAAAAUACAAUAGAAAAGAGCGAACGAGAGAAGAAGAAAAUAGAAUUUUUGUGGAAGGAGAGAAAUCAUCAUCGAAAAGAAAAGGAAGAGAUCGAGAGUUUCCAACUCUCCAGCUGAGCUGUCGCGUCGAUGCCGCGUAUCUCGUGCUUGGAUAGCGCGGGACCUCGUCUCGUUUCGAGGACGAACAAAUUCCUGAUAACAGUAGUAUCAUCGAACUCGUCUUACUUGAGUCCUGCACCAUGACGAGCUCCUCUCUCGAUGGAUCCAACGUGCUCCACCGUCGACCGACUCCUACGAUUUCGCUGCUCCUGGCAGCCUUGGAUUUCUCGUCCUUGAACGAGUAAUGACGAUGAUAACUCUUCACGUCUACUUAUCAUGCGCUAUAAAAUAUCACGAGGCAAUGCUACAGUAGAAUAUCGAAUCACAUAUCAUGGAGGCAGUAGUUAUUUUCAUAGGAGUCCUUACUGUACUGGUUUUAUGCGUGAACGAACCUGUCAAAGGCAUUCCCGGACAGUGUAUGUUACCUCUCGGCAUGGAAGAGGGAAGGAUCCCCGACGACGCUAUUACUGCGUCUUCAAGUUACGAGAUGAAAUCUGUGGGGCCGCAAAACGCAAGAUUACGGCACGAAAAAAAUGGCGGAGCUUGGUGUCCAAAAGCACAAAUUAGCAGUGCUAUACGAGAAUAUUUGGAAAUCGAUCUUACGAAAGAUCAUCUUAUUACGUGGACUGAAACUCAAGGACGUUUCGGUAACGGUCAAGGUCAAGAAUACGCCGAAGCAUUCUUUCUCGAAUAUUGGCGCGAUUCAAAGUGGCAUCAAUAUAAAAAUCUUAAAAGAGACAAAGUAUUACGAGGAAAUAGCAAUACAUAUUUGGUAGAGAAACAGAAAUUAGACUUACCGUUCGUAGCGAGCAGAGUACGAUUUGUUCCGUACAGCCAACAUCCUCGUACCGUCUGUAUGCGUGUAGAAAUUUAUGGCUGUGUGUGGGAACAACAUAUCGUAAGAUACGUAACACCCGCGGGUGAUUCAUUCGGACCAAACGGAUCCAACGUGGAGGAUUCUUCCUAUGACGGUACAGAGGCUGAUGGUAUUUUAAGAAACGGGCUUGGUCAAUUGAUCGACGGGAUUUUUGCGGACGAAUCCGAAGCGAUGACCUCUUCCAGCGGCACGAAUUGGGUCGGAUGGAGCAAUCGAGAUAGCGUACAAUUGAUCUUCGAGUUUGACGAUGUCCGCGAAUUUGUCAACUGUACCAUGCACGUAGCGAAUUUACCACAACACGAUAUCGAGAUAUUCUCAGAGGUUUCUGCAUGGUUCUCUCUUGAUGGUAUUGAUUAUAAUCCAACGGAAGAGACAUUGCGAACAACGGAUGAUAUAAAAACCGGCACUAGUCUUUCAACGAUCCUGUUACCAACGCGAAUUGGCAAAUUUGUUAAAUUGGAAUUUAAACCCAAAUCGAAAUGGUUACUCCUUAGCGAGAUCACUUUUGAAACAGUUGUAGGUACAAGGAAUUUAUCGAAUGAGUCGACUAAUCAAAUAAUCGACGAUGACGUGAACGACAUAGAAUUGAGCGUAGACCUUGCUGAUAAAACCAACAACGAUUUCAACGAGACGAUUUACGAACAAAAUGAUUCUAACUUAACACCCGACGCCUUUCCGGUUAAUAAUUCUCAAACUUACAUCGGUCUCGUGAGUGGUACAUUGACAGUGAUCGCCUUGCUUCUAACUUGUACGAUAUUUUUAAUGAAACAAAGAGGACGCAACAAAGUGGCUCUGUUGCAAAAACACACGGCUUUGUUGUGUGGUUCCUCAGCACCAGGUAUCACGAUCAACAUGAAAGACGUUAAAUUAGCUACUCCAAUCGUUGUUAAUGGCUUGUCUCAAUCACGAUUAUCAGUCAAAAGCAAAACUCUUACGAAUGACGACGAAAGUAUCCGUGGUACAACCGAGAGACGUAAUUCAGAACGAAUUUACGAACGCUCCAGCGCCUACGAAAAAACCUACAAGGUUUUCUCGGAAGACAAUCAUAUUUAUGAUGGGAGAUCUCAUCAAAGUGAAUUAUUAUCGUCGAUAGAUUAUAAUGCCGAAUACUCUGACUUUAACAGCGAGUGUAACUUUUCAAGUUACAAGUUAGGAAAUCGCGUGGUGUCGACGCCUUUUCCGGUAAAGAAAUCAAAAUCGACACAAUCGGGAAAAAUCAAUCAUAAAGUUUACGAAGGCUAUUAUGCUGCGACCGAUAUUCUCACGAUCAAAACACGUGAACAAUCUUCCGUAUUCAGUCUCUUUACACCUUUACAUAUUAGAGAUAACACGCACUGUGCCAAUAAUCGAGAUUCUUGCGACAUUCCACGGAUUUCUAGACAUAGAUUAAGAAUCCUUGACAAGCUUGGCGAAGGAAGUUUCGGAUUGGUACAUCUUUGCGAAGCUAAAGGUAUUCAAAAUCCAGAUGUUGGGAGUAUACGAAAUCGACAAGUUGUUAUAGUUCGGUCCCUGUGGCGUGGAGUCGUAGAUUCUCUGAAGAAAGAUUUCACAAACGAUAUGCAUUUUUUGGCAACCAUUCGUGAUGUUAACAUCGCAAGAAUAAUCGCUCUGGUCGAGGAAGAACCUUUCGGUGCUGUGUUUGAAUACGGCGAGCUGGGAGAUCUUCCAAGUUUUUUGGAAGAUCGCCGCAAGUCUGAAAACGAUGCAUCACUAAGCUACGAAUGCUCUUUAAAUUUCAUCAUGCAAAUCGCCUCAGGAAUGAAAUACCUCGAAAACUUGAACAUACCCCAUCGCGAUUUGGCAGCCAGGAAUUGCAUCGUUAAUCAAAAUUUAUCAGUAAAAGUGUCCGAUCAUGCGAUGUAUUGCAACAAAUAUGAUCACGUGUAUUACGUUGAUGGAUGUUAUAAAAAAAUUCCGCUUCGUUGGAUGGCCUGGGAAGCGGUAAUAUUGGGUAAACAAUCUUGUCGAGCUGAUAUUUGGUCGUAUGCGAUAACGGUCUGGGAGAUCUUAACAGGAUGCAAGGAAAUACCCUACUCAGAUUUGACCUCGGAACAAGUAUUGGAGAAUUACGAUCGUUGGUAUAAUCAUACGGGCUACAAUAGCAGUGGUACCAGUGAAAAGAAUCAACCUCGAGUAUUGUCCCAACCUUUGUGCUCCUCCGCCGAUUUAUAUCACAUGAUGCUCAAGUGUUGGAGUAAACAGCCCGAAAACAGACCGACGUUCGAGGAGAUCUACCUCUAUUUAAAGAGACUGGCUUUCGAUUAAAAAAGAACGCUCCAUGAGACUCGCUCUAGCAGCGCGGACCAAAUUAAUUACAAUCAGCCAAGAUGCAUCCUACUUAUUUGCCUCUAUCUUUCUAUUACGAUGAUCGUUCAAUUAUUAUUCCUCUCAUGUGUGAAUUUCACUUACACGUCAUCAUUCACACUUCUCCUUUAACGUAGGAUGCUCUGGCCCUUAACAUAUAAUGCUCAUCUAGGUUUAUCUAAUUCGAUCCUCUAUUAUUAUAAUACUUAUAAAAUUAAGGAUUCGGAUAAACAGAAACUUUUUUAUAAAAAUUAGUGUGAUUGUUCUUCAUUUUAGCAUUUGUGAUUUGAGAACGUCUCACACGCUUUUCAUAUAACUAAUAUCGUAAGAUGAUAGUUUAAUAAUGAUAUCCAGUUCUCGCGCAUUAUUAAUAACCAUUUUAACUUUUAAAUGCUGCAUGCGUUUAAUUGAACGGCCUCGCGUAUUUAAAUUCGAAAAUAGAAACUUAAGUUCGGCCGUUGAUAUGACGAACCUGCAUGUGCGCGUGAACUUAAUAUUAAUAUUAACAUAUUUCGAAUCGUUACAUUUUUGCCAAUUCCAUUGAACAUAUUACUAAAAUAUAGUAUAUACGAAAGUAUAUAGCGAAAGUAAUGCUAUAAAGAAAUGGGAAAACUAUCUAAUAUAUAUACAUAUACAUAUAUAUAUUAGAUAGAAAAAAAUAUAUAUAUUCAUAGCUUUCUAUAUGCAUAUACAUACGUAUACAAGUGUACAUGCAUGUCGAUGCAUAGAGAAAGUAGAUAUAUAGCUAAACAAUUCUGCGAACUAUCGUCAUCUUCUUGCUAAAACUAAAACUGUGGCUCUUUAGCAUGUAAUUUUUAUAAGAUUAUCAUUGAAUGGCCGCCUUGUAUAUGCGAGAGUCCUUCGAUCGUGCACUUAGUCACAAGAAAAUAAAACUAUAAAAAGGAUUAUUUUUUCCUGAAUCCUCAAUGUAAGUAAAAGCAAAAUCGUCAAGCGAAUAAUAAUAAUAAUAAUAAUAAUAAUAAUAAUAAUAAUAAUAAUAAUAAUAAAAAUAAUAAUAAUAAUAAUAAUAAUAAUAAUAAUAAUAAAAAAUAAAUCUUCACUUCUGGACCUUUUGCCUUAAUAACGACGAUUGGGAAGGCAAAAUACUUCGUUGACUUUUUCUCGGACCUAAGGAACGAAGUACGCCACUAUAGAUGAAAAUGGACAAUCAAGUUUGCAAAGUUAUCGUUUUAUAAAUUGUGCAAUAUUUUAGAAUACUAAAUGUUAAUUAAUUUACUAAGACAUUGUUUCCAAUCUCAUUCGUUUAAAAACUUUAACUUCUUCAUCGAAUGGUAUUAGGUAUUAUAUUAUUCCUUAUAUUGUCGAUGUAUACAGCGCGGAUGAAAAAAAAAAAAAGAAAAAAAAUUAAAAAGGAGCGUAAAAAUCGGCACGCGUAAUGCGUAAGCAUAUUUAUGCGGGCCCACGCACCUACACAUUUCUCUAUGAUGGUAACUAUUUUAUCGACUUUUAUCAAACAUUUCAUAGGCUCGUAGGUAUAGUAAUCCAAAUUUGUAAUAUGAGUCAUGUGUAUCCCAUUAAAAAUUAUAUUCUUAAUAUUUCCAGUGUUAUAAUCAAUAAAAAUUGUUAUAUCAUGUAAAUAA